AUGCCUCGCCCAGCCCCACCUGUUCUGGAGAAAUGGGGAGUUCGCUACCCAAUCAAAACUCCCCGCCCCGACCUCUCAAUAGGCACAGAUCUCACGGCCCUUGUCUCUGCUCUCUCGGCGCAAAAACUCAACAAGGCCAAGGCCACGGCAUUCAUCGACUGGCUCCAGAACGAGAUGGUGCAGCACGAGCCACAGGGCCCGCUUGAACCAAUGCUUCUCUCAGUACCGGCACCAGGCGCUUUAGAUCUCGCCUUCCCGUUUGCCGUUGUCGAGGGCACGGCUUACUCGACCGGUAACCAAAUCUUCGCCGCAGAGAACCAGGCUGCGAUUUCCGGGGUAUGCGCGCUCAAGAUCCAGCUUGACCUGGAUAGCCUGGUCAACGGCGGCGCGAUCACAUCUGGUGCUCUGCCCACAUCCUCCUCGAGCACCCAUGCCCCGCUCUUCUUCUCCAUCACCACCCAAGGGCCGAUCCACGAGCUCUGGUACCACUGGACCGUCUAUGACGAGGGUGUGCGCAGGUUCGAAUCGAAACUUUUGGACAGUUGUAAUGCGCUGGUGCUGGAGCGGGUGGAGGACCUUAUGGUCAAGCUCAAUAACGUGGGUAAUUGGGGUACAGGACCGUUUGUGAAGUCCGUGGUGGAGCGUCUUGGGAAAGUCGCAGUCAAGGUGGAGACUUAG